AGCGUGUAUAUAUAUAUAUUUAUAAAGAGAAAACGCCAGAGCAAGCAGCCAUUCCGGAGCUUAUCCAUCUUCUCCAGUUUCUCCACAACCCAAGAGAGAAGCUGUAAACUAAUGGGCGUGGAGGAAAAGAAACCGGAGGAGAAGAAAAUGGAGGAGAAAAAGCCAGAGGAGGAGAAGAAAGAAGAAGAGAAACAGUCCGAGAAGCCGGCGGAAGAAAAGAAAGAGGAAAAGAAAGCGGAGGAAGUAAAGGAUGGGAAGGAAGCGAAAGACCAAUCUGAAACACAAGCGCCUCAGGAAAUCGUGCUCAGAGUCUACAUGCAUUGUGAAGGUUGUGCCCGAAAGGUCCGACGCUGCCUCAAAGGCUUCGAAGGGGUGGAGGAAGUUAUAGCAGACUGCAAGACUUCGAAGGUGGUAGUGAAAGGCGAAAAGGCCGAUCAUCUGAAUAUUCUCCAGAGAGUUCAGAGGAAGAGCCACAGGCAGGUCCAGCUCAUCUCUCCGAUCCCCGAACCGAAGGCUGAGGAAGAGAAGAAACCUGAGGAGAAAGAGGCCCCCAAGCCUGAAGAGAAGAAAGAAGAGCCUCAGAUUAUCACAGCGGUUCUGAAGGUUCACAUGCAUUGUGAGGCCUGUGCACAAGAAAUCAAGAAACGCAUACUGAGGAUGAAAGGAGUGGAGUCGGUCGAGCCAGAUCUAAAGAGCUCAGAGGUGAGAGUUAAGGCAGUGUUUGACCCAGCAAAGCUGGUGGAGUACGUGUGUAACGCUCCGGUCCCGCAAGGAUUGAAGAGUUACUCGCUAUAA